AGAAUAAAGCAGAAAUUAGUACUGUACAAAGUUAUUAAAAAGUUCUGUAUUAAAAUUUGAAUUAAAAAUUUAAAUGUAUUUCAUCCUGAAAGCUUGAGUACGGUACCUUCAUUUUGGACGAACGUUUGAGUAAACCAGAAUGCAGAGCGGAGUUUGUCCAGAUGAAGUUUGUCGCAAUCCUUUGAAAUUCUCGUCAACGGACUCGCGAAUUACAUGCCGCCAUUGUGGUCAGACUCAUGAAACCGACAAACUUCAAAAUACUGUCCCACUUGAUAACUUGCCUGCUAGUUUGACUAGUAUUAUCAAAAACAUAUUCAACGAACAUGUUGUGCCUAAAAGAGGACCUGACUUGAUAAAAGUACAUGGUAUGUCAAAUUUCCACCAUAAAUUGAUAUCACCGUUAUUGGCUCACUAUGGUAUGGACAGACGCUCAGGCCAAGCAAAACCCUUGACUGACAUAAUUGGCAGGUCCACUUUAGAUUGUAGUGUGUUAGGAGAUAGAACAUUCCGUAUUGAGUCUAGACUUUUGGAUAUUCCUGGUUAUGGCUACGAUCAAACCGGCAGCACUAAUUAUUUAGCUGAUACACUUCAGCUUUUAAAGACUUACAAUGAUGAUAUCGAAGUGUUGGUACCACUGCACGUGGAUGGUGACGGCCAUUGCUUGGUGCACGCGGUGUCGCGUGCGUUGGUUGGCCGUCAGCUGUUCUGGUAUCCACUGCGACUGGGGCUCAAACAGCAUUUAACCUCUCACUUGGAACAGUAUCAAGCUCUGUUAGGUGAUUUCAUAAACCGAUCCGAGUGGCCUUGUAUUAUCCAGGAAUGUGAUCCCGACUACCACCCUCUCGAUGACGAGAUACUAGGCUUGAGGAAUGUUCACAUAUUCGGCUUGGCCAACCUACUCAGGAGACCAAUACUACUUCUCGAUAACCUGUCUGGCAUAAACACUUCAGCUGAGUAUUCAGCUCUCUUCCUUCCCGGCCUUUCAUCGCCCGAAUCAUGUAGCAAGAAAGGCGUCCCCAAUCCUCCAAUUUGCGUAGCUUGGUCCAAUGCAGCUAGAAACCAUUUCAUUCCUUUAGUGCCUGUCAAAGAAAGACCUUUGCCGAAAUUCCCACGUCAUCUUCUGCCAAAAGUAUGGGGCUUCCAACAAAACUAUCUAGAUAAAUAUAUUCAAUUCGAUGAAGAUGACUGUCUUACAAUAGGUAACGAGAAUGGCCUUACAGACAGCUACCUAUUAAAGCUCACAUCCUGUAUAGAUGAACUGUUCAUUCACAAAUUUGGCGCCUCUCCAAAACUAGUCGCUGAUGUUUAUCAUUUCACUUAUAGAAUAAAAUCAGGCGUGAAACUGUCGACAGUGACUAGCGAAACGGUGACUGCCCUGCAGGAUCGACGCCUGAUGCGUUGUCUGAUCUGUGAUGCCGUCAACAUACUUCCCAUGUCGGGAGACUGGCUAAGGCCGAGGGGACUGCUCUACAUGCUCGCCAAGAAAGAGUACGGGUUUCUCGAAGAGAACAGACUCUAUCCCUUUUAUUCCUACGGUGUUACGUGUUCAUACAAUGCAAGGAAAGAUAUGUUGGUCCUAGAGUCUUCUGUAGAUAUGAAAACUUGCAGCUUUUGUCAGGGGAGCAAGCUGCGGUCGAUAAUGUCGGAUGGCAACGUGGCCUACGAGAUCGGAGACAUCACCAACAUCCCUGUCGCCUCCCCCCUCACCAACCACUGUCCCUGCGGCUACAAGCACUUUGGCGCCAACAAUCAGCUCUACGACAAUCCGCCGCAGAUGAUUACGGUUCGCCUGGAGUGGCAGGGCCGGGUGGUGACGGACUCUGUGGCCUGGUACCAGUACGAGUCUCAGCCGCACCUCAACAGCAAUGCCUACCACCUCGCAUCCAAAAUGCUCCACAAACACUUUCCAGGUGAAUUUGGCAGUGAAAACUUGCACCAGAAUAUUGUAGCCCAGAUUUUAGAGCAAACCAAGGAUCUUCCAAAAGAACAUACCAUGCCUAUAGUAGAUAAGUUGAACGAAGCAGUGGGAGGGAAUACGAAGGACGAGAGUGGAGACAGCAGCUUGACUUCUCGCUUGAAUUCGACGACUUGGCCAAAACGGCGAGUCGAGGAGCCAUCGUGUAGUGGGCCCAUGCCCACCUAUCGCCAGUAUAAGAAAACUAUACCACAGGGCUUUGGAACCGUCAGCCCAUGUCCAUCUUCAGCCUGCUCCUCUUCGUCUCCCGCUGCAUCGUCGAGUUCCGCUUGUAUCCCGCACUCGUCCCGUUCAAAAUUCGCUCCGGGAUUCACGGUUCUGUCCGACCGUCCCGUCACCGAGAACGAUGAAGCUAUGAAAAAGUUCUUCCAAUCCCUCAACAAGCAGACACCGUCCUCAUCCAAAACUAACAACGAAAUUAAUGAAAGUGAUCAGAUUGUUAGGGCUAAAAAUGAAAGGAAUUCCCCUGAGCCUUCAACUAGUAGCAAGGGAACAUAAGGUAGCUAGUUUCCCAAAUAGGGGCUUAUCCAAAGCUGGUCUAUUCUAUCUAUAGUGGUCUACUAAAAACAGGUACAAAGCAUGUUUUUUCAUCUGAAAGGGGAUUAUUAGAUUAUGUUCCAAAAGUGUUAUUGGCACCACCCAAUUCAUGGUCUUUAUGAAGGUUAUUCCAAAGGUACAAAACUUGCUCUUUUAUAUUAGUGAGCUUAUCUGAAGAGAGGGAUUGUUAGGCUAGAAAUUCUUAAUAUUCCAAAACCGGGUUUAUCCAAAGAUGUUUUGAAGGGUCAUUCCAAUAUUAGGAAGAGUAUGUUCUUGUAUAUCGAGGUAUUAACUAAAGGAGGGUUCAUUAGGGAAAUAUUCUGAAAAGUAACUUAUCCAGGGGGUUUUCAGGGAGAUUAUUACAAAAGUAGGUACAGAGUAGGCUAUGCUCGUGUAUGUUGGGGGAUCAACUAGAGAAUGAAUUAUAUAGGGUGGAAAUUUUGUAUAUUCCAAAAGUAGGUAUAAUGCAUGUUAUAUACUAUACUUCUAUAUUAAGGUAGAACAUUUUAUGAGAGAAAAAUACUGUGAUCGUAUAUAAGAUAAUUUGUGAAAAUAAUAUUCAAACAUGUUAACAAAAGACACGCAAAUAAAGAAUGUCAAAACAUAUUUUGAAAGACUGUUGCAAAUAUUCUGGAAUGGAUACUAAGCAUUUUGAAUUAUUGUAUUGGUAGAAGGCUUCCAUAAGCCGGAUUCCUACACAAUAGUGACAGUGAAAAUAUAAUUCUCAUAUGUUCUAAUUGGAUCAUUCAUACUCGCUGAGUAGGAAUAGUCCAAUUAGAACAUAUAGGAAUUAUAUUUUCACUGUUCUCUAUCACUGUUGACUCGGAAUCCAGCUUUAUACUAUUUGUAUGGUUAGAUAAACCUGAUUGAUGAUUUCAUAUGUCUGUGAGACUUUUCCCGUAUUACACAACAUAUACAUUCUCAUUAAAUAUGCCCAAUAUGUCAACUUUAAACCGAUAAUUCAGAGUUCUAUAAGUCGGUAUAAGCUAGUUGUCUUCGUAUUUUGUAAAGUUAUAAGUCGUGAUUUGGCCAAAAGUAUUGUAAAACAGAAUUACUUUCUCAUACACUAGACCUGAAUAGUUUGUCAAACUAUGUGAUAAGUUUAUAUGUCUAGUGUGUGUAUGGAUAGCUUCCUUCUGUAUUACAUCAAUUACAAAUUUCCAAGAAACAUGUCCAAGAUUCUCAGGAAUUUGAAAAAAAUCUAUAGGAUCAGAUGUUAUGUAUCAAUGCAAUAAUUUUUAUAUACAAUUGUGCUCAAUUCUUAUAAAGCUGUGAAAAUUUGUAUCGUGGCCGGUUGUACCGGACUAGCUCUUGCCGAAAACCAUAACCAUCACACAAUUGCCUUUGUUCCAAUGUUUUAGUGAUAUCUUAUAUUCAAAUAUAACAUUUACAGACAACCAUAAUCAUCAAAGUAUUGCCUGUAUUUGAAUGUUUUCAGAAAUAAUUGUGAUUGUAAAAAAUAAAUAUCAUCAACGAAUCAUUGCCUUUUAGAUUUAAAGUUGUCCACGACUAAUAUCAAAGUAUGAAAUUUGUAUCAAUGUAUGGAAUAUAAUGUGUAGUAGAUUUCUAUCUUAUUUAUUUAUUUAAUCAUUAAGAAUCACACAACUUACAGAAAAGUACCACAGGCGUACGCCCGAAACGGUUUCAAUUCUAAUUUACACAACAGUCCAAAUCUUUUUUCGAGUUUUUUUACGGUUUAGAAAUAAUGUAGUUGAAAACAGUCAAGGUUGUCAAAUUUAGGGUUUUGCUUGAUUUACAGAAUUUUUUAUGGUUCUGCCUCAAAUUGUUGAAAUAUUUUUCACUCGGUACAAUGUUUAUUUAUCAUACUCGUAUUCUUUAAAGAACUUAUAUUUUGUAAUACAGUGUAUUUCCCCCUUAACUUUGUUCCUCUUAUCUUCAAAAUGAAUUUAUUUAUUUAGAAAUUUAUUCUCGGAUUUUCAUUUUUAUUAUUUCCUAUUGGGAGUCCUUUUAUUUGAUACUUUGGUUUGUUUAUUAUGAAUAAAUUGUUCAAUUUUUUUUAAAUUCUAUCAGUUUAUUUUAAAGGAGUAGGAAUUUAGUUAUAAAGUUACAUUUUAUAGAGAUCACUCAAUUACUUUUAAUUCAUCAUUGGUUGGUGCGUAUUAAGAAAUUUAGUUGAUGAUUUAUGGCACCUUUGUUAGAAUUAGAUAAUUUUUUAAUUGAUUCCAUUAAUAUUUGGUUCCAAACCUAAUUUUGUAAGUAUAAAUGAAAUUUUACGUUCAUGCAGUAAUAUUAAUUUAGAUGAGUAGAAUAAAAAAACAAUAUAAAUUAGAGUACAAAAGCAAUAUUUAUGCCCUAUACAGAAUUAGAUGAUUUGUAGAUUUAUGGUUCCUGAGCUGAGACGAGUAAUAUUGUAUUAAUAUAAAAGAUGAUAUUAGAUUAAAAAAAUGUUAUUAAUGUUGAAAAUUUACUAUAAACAUUCCUGUUAUGCAGUUUGAAAACAUAUCCAUAUUUUUGUAAAACACCAACAUUUAGUUUUAAUUUUAAACUCAUGUAAUUUUAAAAAAUAUAUAUAUAUAUUCUUGUUCACAGUCUUAUAAUUAGUUUUAGUUCUUAUUAUGAAAUCUUUGUAAUCUGCUAAUUGAAAGUAUCUUGAAUUUAUCAAUGAUAAACAUUUUAGUUUAUACUGUGUUAUAGAUUCGAAGCAUUCAAUUUAAUAAGGCCUCAUUUAUGGUUGGCCUACUUGAAAUAAUUUUCUUUCAAAGAGAGUAAUUCCUUCUUGGUACGUAUUUUGAACUUUUUCUUUUCUUUAUUCCAAAUCUUACUGCGUCCUACUAUUUAUUACAAAAAUAAUUUAUUCUUACAUAAUAAUUCAAAAAAAUCUUAUUUACUCUGUUUUGUAUUUUGUGAUUGUAGAUACUAAGUUAAUAAGGUAAUCGAUUCUUAUCAGUUUCUAUGUUUUAUCUGUAACAGUAACUUAUAACUUAUAAUAGAUUUUUUAUUGAUAUAAGUCUUUUCAAGGACAUAAAACGUUGUUGAUUUAUAUUAUUUUAAUCUUAUUUCGUUUUUCUAAAUUAUUAGUUUUUCUCUACUAAAUGAUUGAUAUUAUAAGAACUUAAGGUUAGGUACCUACUUUUAAUUCUAAGUCAGGUUUUGUAAUUAAUCGCACAUAGUAGGAUUUAUAUUUUUAGCUUAGUCUUAAUUGGUUAAUUAUUAGUUUGUGAUUGGUAUUCUAAAAUAUAUUUUUAGUUUAUAAGUUCCGUUUUAACUGUAUGAUUUAAGUUACUGAAUAAACCAAUUCUACCAAUCAUUUAGACUUACUGCCACUUCUCAUAAUAUUGUAAUGAAUUUUAUUAUUUCUUGAAUAUUUCUUAAAUUUCUUUGUAUUUAUUUUUGAUGAAUCUGAAGAAUCCUAUCUAUUUUCAAAUUCUUAAAUUAUCAAAUAGCUAUGGUAUAAAUCGCCAGCUUGUUCCAAAUAAUUUUUCAUAUUACUAGAAAUGAAUAGGCCUACUGGAGAUAUCUCAUAUAGGAUUCAAUGCAAAAGCAUUUAUAUUUUUAACAAUAUUGUUAUCUAUCUUUCUUCUCAUUUUUUCCAAUUAAUUUUUUUUAAAUCUCUAUACAGUAUCCUAAGUUUUUAAUACAAUAAAACUAUAUUAUCAAGUAUUCAGUGUAUGAAACAGUGCAAUAAUUUAUUCCUGUAAUAUACCUGUAAUUAUAACAUUUAUAUAUUUGUAUCCAUUUUGAAAUUGUUAUCUGGUUGAAGGAUAAACCUAUAUUGUAAUAAAGGAUAUUUUGUUAUCGAUUA